AUGGCUUGGGGCAGCACCGAAAAGGCCAGCAGCUACACAGCCAAUGCUGAGAUCCGUCCAGAUGACGACGAAGACAUUGAAGCCUUCUUUACGCGCAACGGAUUCGACGGAAAGACUAGAGAGGCGUGCGAUGAAUAUGCUCGGAUGCGCUUCCCCGGCGUAGAAGCCACGCCUUCGCCAACGCAGGGCUAUUGCUCUUAUACAUUGAGUCUAUCAAAGGACUAUUUGCUGCAGUUUCGGCCUGUGGCGUUCAUGCUGGAUAUGAAUACCUGCAGGGAGGCCAAAGCUAUUUACGGCAGAUACGCUCCAACGACGACGUAUUUGGGCGAGGUCCAGGGCAUUCCUUCACAGGACCGUGAUGGGCAUGUAAGCCCACCAAUGAUGCACGUCUAUCUGCACAAGAGAAUUCCGGGAAUCCCGCUAUCGGAGUUUCGGAGGAGGAGGAAAGACGGGAUGAAGGGGCGAGAGGCUGAAGCUGAGGAUAGGAUAUACAAGAGGAGGCUAAUGCGUGGGCUGGCCAAGGUGUUUGCCCUCGGUUUUCGUGCAAGACAGCCUUUCAAAGAGUGUAUCUCCAAGGGUAGAAUCGGCGAGUCGAUGCAAUGGCGGCUGAGUCUCUUGAACGGCCUGCCAUCUGAAGACGCAGACCUGCAAAGACACGUUUCGGAAGCGCAGAGCCAGUUCCACGGCAUCCAGGCGUCCGACUGGUGUCUCACCCACGGCGACCUCCUCCCGGCAAACAUCCUCGUCCACCCAAAGACAGGCCGUCUCACGGGCCUCAUCGACUGGGCCGAAGCGGAGUGGCUCCCCUUCGGCAUGGCCCUCUACGGGAUUGAGGAAAUGCUCGGCGAGACUGUCGUUCCGUCGUCUCAGGGGUUCCGAUAUUACGCAGAUCACCGAGAGCUGCGCCAUCUCUUUUGGUGCGAGUUUCUAGCUUUGACGGGACAGAGGCGGAUGAGUGCGGUUCAGGUACAAAGAGUGGAAGCGGCGCGGAAGCUGGGGAUUUUGUUUUGGAGGGGGAUUGCGUUUGAUGAUGGGAGGAUGGAUCGUGUUGUUGAGGAGGGGAGGGAUGAGGAGGAGUUGCAGAAGCUGCGGCUGUUUCUUAGGGCGCCGGGGGUUUCUGAGGGAUCUGGCAGAGUGCGCGAUAAGAGGUAG